AUGCUCCGCCUCCGAGAGUGCGUCGUUUCCCAUCUCCUCUCUUCACCCUCCAACUCUGCUACCUCCCCACUCCGCCGUCUCCUCUCGGCCACUGCGUCGGCCCCCAUUUCCCCAAAUCCCUGUGGCUUCGCCGUGGAAGAGUACCUCGUCGCCACCUGCGGCCUCACCCGGGUCCAAGCCCUCAAGGCCUCCAAGAAGCUCGCCCACCUCAAGACCCCCGACAAGCCGAACGCCGUCCUCGCCUUCCUCUCCGGCCUCGGCCUCUCCGGCGCCGACGUCGCCGCCGUCGUCGGCAAAGAUCCGCUGUUACUCUGCACCAAAGUGGACCAAACACUGGCCCCUAAGGUCGUCGAGCUCACUGGCCUAGGUCUCUCGCCUCCUGAGAUCGCCCGCCUCGUCUCCCUCACCCCGGACCGCUUCCGGCGUAGAGCCAUAGUCUCCAGGCUGCACUACUUCCUGCCCCUCUUCGGCUCCUUCCACAGCUUCCUCCGGCUGCUCAAGCGCUCAUCCCGCCUUCUGUCGUCGGACCUUGAUAAGUUGGUCAAGCCCAAUGUUGCCUUCCUGAGGGAGUGCGGGCUAGGUGCUUGUGAUAUUGCCAAGCUGUGUAUCGCUGUGCCGAGGAUGCUGACCACCAACCCGGAACGCGUCCGCGCAAUGGUGGCAUGUGCUGAAAGAUUAGGUGUACCUCGUGGCGCUGGGAUGUUCAGGCAAGCGCUACGGGCUGUCGCGUUUCUCAACGAGGAGAAGAUUGCCGGCAAAGUGGACUACUUGAAGAAUACGCUCAGGUGGUCUGAUGCCGAAGCGAGCAUUGCUGUGUCUAAAGCUCCGCUGCUGCUGUGGAGGUCAAAGGACAUGCUGCAGAGCAAGUCAGAGUUCCUGGUGUCUGAGGUGGGGUUGGAACCCACGCUCAUUGCUCAUCGCCCGAUAAUGCUCACUUACAGCCUGGAGGGCCGGCUCAGGCCCCGGCACUACGUUCUAAAGUUUGUCAAGGCAAAUGGGUUGCUAGAUCGCGAUCGGAGCUACAUCUCUGCAGUCGAUUUGACCGAGAAUGUUUUUGUGGACAAGUUCGUGCGCCCUCACAUUGAAGUUGCGCCGCACCUUGCUGAAGACUAUGCGGCUGCUUGCCGAGGAGAAGUACCCAGUAGGUUCAUAUUUCAUUGA